AAAUGACAGCUGGCAAUUCUCCGAGAAUGAAUGAAGGAAAAAUUCUGAACAUCCGCUUGUUUAUUUGUGACGGUUUCACGUUUUAUUAAGAAUAUGCAUUGUUCUUUUCAGUAGUAUAUAUGAGAUAUAAAGAUGUUCAAUCGAUUUGCUGCGGUUCUACAUCAGGCAGUGGAAGCGAUUGCUCCAACGCAGACGUUACUGGAGGAUUUCAUUUUUCAUUGGAAAGCAAUUACUCACCAUUUCAUCAAUAACAAAGAUGACAAGCAACCGGUACAAGAGUCCAACAUCCCCAAUCACCUUGACCACAUGCUGGUGAUCCUAACCCAAGAAGAGGGCCAGAUGGAAGCCAAUCAAACAGGGCCAUGCAUGGAACACCUACUGCAGCAUAAGAUUCUAGAAACACUGCUGACUCUGGGAAAGGCUGAUUGUCCACCAGGUAUGAAGCAGAUGGUCCUAAUGUUCUUCACCAAUCUCUUAGGAAGAAUCAAACAGCCUCUCUUGCCUCACAUCAACGUCUACAAGCCUGUACAUAAAUUGGUGAAGGUUUGUGGAGAGACCAGAGCUGGUCCCACUGAGAAGGAGGAGAUCCAGUUCCUGUGUGUUGUGUGUUUCAAGUUGAGGGAAGAUCCAUAUUUGGUCAACUUUUUCCUGGAGGAUCCCAGGCAGAGUACUAGCAGGCAACGGGGACAACCUCGAACCAAGCCAGACUCCAGCCAAGCUGAAUUCAGUGUGAUAGACUCUCUGCUCAAACUGGUGCAGAGUCCAGACUCUCGGGUAGCUGUCAAGGCUUGCGAGGGACUGAUGCUGUGUGCCAGCUUACCUGAAAGCCAGGCAGCUAAUUGUAUCGUGAGGAAUACGCAGUUCUGCACUCUCCUAGCCGAACGGCUGUGCUCGCUCUACAACGCGCUUCCGCUGUCCAUGGAUCCAGUGGAUAUUGAGAGCGUGGAGGCAAAGUGGGGCCUUGAUGUCCUCAGUGACUCCGAUGACACCAAUAACUUUGCUGGUAAGCGUCAGUUGAUCUCCCUCCUCUCUUGGUUUGACUACUGUGAUCAGAUCAUCAAGGAAGGGCAUCCUAUCAUUGGCAAGGCGUUGUCCACUCGGGUCAAAGAAAACUUCCUCGUUCCGAUCAUCGAGCAACUCCUACUCCAGACGUCAGAAGUGGGCAUCCUGACAAGUACGGCACACCUGGCAAAGUUUGUCAAGAUGACAUCAUCUCCCCAGCUCCUGAAUGAGUUUGUAUAUUUCAUCCUCGGUGAUAACUCAAGUCCAGAGAAACCUGGUGAUGCUGAUCAUAAGAUUAGGCAUAGGCUCAUUGAAAGAUGUGAUCAUUUAUCUGAUGAGAUCUGCAUCAUGUCCUUGAAGCUGUUUGAAGUUCUUCUCCAGAAAUCCCAUGUCCACAUUGUCAACAAUUUGGUGCUACGCAAUCUGAAGACGAGGUCGUAUUUUGACCGGCACCCUCCCACACCACCUUCAACUGCCCCAACAUCUCCAUCUGAUGCUCCUGCAUCGCCUCCUCAGACUCCAUCUUCUCCUGGAUCCAAUCCCCAAUCUCCUUCCAUGCUUGGAUCGCAUCCAGAGGCAGACUUGGUAGGGGAAACUGUAGAAUCAGACAAAGUAGAGAAUGACUUGCCCUUAACGAAUGGUCCUACAAACUUAGAUCAAGAAAACCAUAUACCAGAGGAUCCCGUGUUGCAAGCGGAAGGAGCACCCCCUAUUGGUGAUCAAGAACCUGAUACUGCACUUCCAGAGUCGUUAAGUGACAGUUCUUUAGGUCCAGACUCCUCACUCUCAGGUCUACCGAACCCAGUGCCUCAACCGUCAUCACCAACAUCCCUUCUUCCCCCUUUAUCGGACACACCCAAUACAAACAGUGCUAUGAGUCUGACCACACCUGUUCCUGCGGCCGAACAGUUCCCCCGUCUGGUCGGGGUGGUGCCGUUGUUGACAACUCCCGCUCCUCCGCGAGGUGUCCCAACGCUUGCGUCACCUGCCCAAAAUGCUACUGUUCCAAAUGUGCCUUCACCGUUGACACAACUCUUGACAUCGUCUCCAGACCCGUUGCCAUCGACUAUGAUGUUGGGGACGUCACCGUCGUUAUCACUGACGUCACCUAGAUCUCUUGGCUCACCGCCCCUUACCCCAGGCUCUCCUACUAGUCAGUCAGAAGGAGAGGACUCGGACCAUAAUAUGCACAGGGUUGUCAGCUGUUUUCUAGGGUUGAUACCAGAAGAGAAUAAGUCUUCCUACCUAACUGGGGAUACAGGGUACGACAUGUACCUUAGAGAGGCGCAUCGAAACUUCCGAGAGUGCACGGUAAACAGUCUUCCUUACGAUUGGCCAAACUACCCUACGCCUGUGGAGAGACUGCCUGAGUCCGAACCGUUCUACGAGGGAGCAUUCAUCAAGAUUCUCUUUGACAAACUCUCUAGGAUGUUAGACCAGACAUAUGAGGUCAACCUUCAAGUGACAUCAGUACUGGCCAAGAUUGCACUAUAUCCACACCCUCACAUACACGAGUACCUCCUGGACCCCUUCUUAACCAUCGCACCAGGAUGUAGGAAUCUUUAUAGUGUCUUGGAGAAGGUGGUGGGUGAUCUUAGUGUGAGAGUGAGGUCAAUCCCGGAGUUUCAGAAGCAGCUCUUUCUUGUCAGACAACAGCUCAUGGGCAUCGUGGAGGAGCAAGACAGGAGUGGAGCAAGCGCCAUUAUGAACUUGCCGUACAUUGAUUUAUUAGAAGGUGUCAUCGUCCUGGAAGAGUUUUGCAAGGAGCUGGCUGCCGUCGCCUUCGUCAAGUUCCACGCAGCAAGUGGGCGAUAAUCAUCCCCUGCGGGCUUAAUGACUGCUCGCCCACGGGAUUUUGUCAAGCAAACUCUGGAUGAACUCCUUGAUGUAGAUGCUGUUGCCAUGGUAACAUGCCUCAUCUCCUGUCUGUUUCAGGUGAUGGGAAAAACAAACUCAGGAUGGUAUGCACAAAGACGGAAAAAAUGAUAAUAAUGGAAGUGAAAGAAGCCAAUUUCAGAAGGUGGAGAUGAACCUGUGGGAAGUAAAUUUCCACUUGUCCCAAAACAGAAGUGUCAAAGAAUGUACUUGUUUUUAAAGCUGCUUUAUAUUUUAUUUCAUAUUUAAUUCUGUUCCAGCUUAUAACAGUUGUCAGUGAAAUCCUUCCAGGUGAUUGAGUCAGAGAAGCAUGCAUCAAACCCUAUUGCCAAUUGAGUCUACCCAAACUUUUGUAUUUCAGCAGUAUAAAAGGACUUUCGAAUCAGGCCUUGAGUGCCUACAGGGUGUCCCAACAAAAACUGGAUUGGUGGUUCAAAUCAAUUGAUUUGCCUUCAAAAUGUUUACUUUUUUGGCACUGUUAGUGCAAGGUGAACACCAUGCCUGUCCAUGGAGUAGUUAUCAAUCUCGGAGUACCCUAAACAAGUAUUUUGCCAUGUUUUCCCCACCUUGAAUAAUGUCUCCAAUAUUCAAUUUCCACGAUAGGGUGAAUUAUACCCUUUCCAUGCACUGCACGCACAAAGGGUGUUGAAAAAGUAUACCCCUUUCUCCCGAUUUUGGCAAUUUUGAUCCCCUUUUCACGGUUCUCACAUAGAUCACUCAAUCAUUACAAACAACCCUGUAUAAAUGCGUUCGAGCCCAAGCAUGGUAUCCAACUGUAAUGACGGGCAGGGAGCACGUCAACGCUAUAUAUUGCCAGCCUUUGCUUUGGCCUCGGCCCGAGUCACAUGUACAAAGUCUAAGGGAAAAGGUUUUCUCCAGCGGCCUUGUGGCUUAGGAAGUAACGGCCUCAAUUACAUCACUGGACGAUGGCAUCCCCAGGGAGCUACCCAUUGCCAAGGUCUUGUAUUUUCCUGAUGGGUGUUUCAUAAAGCUGUUCUCUAGUACCGAGCGACUUUAUGAAUGAUUGGUGAUCCUUUCAUCAACACCACUGAAAAUGUAGCAUACAUCAUUUACCACAAGAAAGGAUCACCGGUCAUUCGUAAAGUCGCUCGUAACUUAACGAACAGCUCGAUGAAGCACCCUGCAGGUGUAUAAUCAACAAUAUCUGGAGGUUUUAGAUGAAAUGGAAGUCCUUCACUAUUUGAAGAGUAACAUAUAAUGAAGGCUCGCCUGAGAGUGCCGUACAGAUGCGUGUGCUGAAGGAAGGGAGGGGGGGUUUACUGUAGUUGUCAAAUGGUAUACAGGUACAGUGGUGCUAACAAGUCAGUGAACCGAACCAGAAAAUCAACAUCUUUAAAAGUGUUCAAAUUCUGCCAUCUUAUUUAUAUGUAGUUAUGGUCAUUUCAAAAUAUCUGCAAUCGUUGUUGGGGCUUUUCAAAAAGAGUGGUCGUAAUGUUAAUACAAGGGUUUGAUUGAAGCAGAAUUUUCUGCUGCACAAUACUUAACGCAUACAACUGUAUUACUUGCUAUGACCAGUAUUGGAAAUUUGUAUACGGUAUCCAAACAACAUUGUCUCUAGUAACGGUCGUGUGAGGUGACAUAAACUUAUGCAAGAGGCAGAACUUGUCAUCAUUAUAACACUACAUGUACUCAGCAGUUGUAGUGACUUGAAUUUAAUAUCUAACGAAUGUCGAGUUAAAAUAUCUUGCCAGAGGACGUUGUAGAGGCCGAAGGCUAGUAAUCGAGUCAAGCUACAUUUACAUGUAUGAUAAGAUAAUAUAAGGCAUUUGCAUAGCGCACAGAUCCACCUUGUUAGGUGCUCAAGGUGCUCCUAUAUCACCCCAGCUAAGGUUGUAGUCCACUGAUUCUGAUGCUCACAGCUUUUUGAGGAAUUGCUUCCUACCGGUACCCAUUCACUUCACCUGGGUCGAGUGCAGCACAAUGUGGAUAAAUUUCUUGCUGAAGGGAAAUCACGCCAUGGCUGGGAUUCAACCCCACAACCCUUUGUUUCAAGGUCUGGAGACUAAUCCGCUGGACCGCAGUGCUACACACAGGAGACUAUGGUAAUUGGGUAAUAAAUGUCUAUGUACUACCUUUUGAGUCAAUAUUAGAGAAAUAAUUGGAUAAAUUGAAGUGUUGGCCAUUAUGUACCUACAUUAAGAUAAUAGCAUCAGGUAAUAGUUCUUCAUAUAUCCCACUUCUGUCUGAAUAUGAGAUUAAUCAUUGUAUAACUUGAUCUGUAUUGCAUUAAACAUGCAUACUGAAGAUAGUUGCAUCAGGUAAUAGAUAUUUAUAUACCCACUUCCGACUUAAAACAAGAUAGAUCAUUGCAUAGGCUUGAUUUGUAAGUCAAUGUGUACCUUAAAUAAUAGCAUCAGGUAAUAGAUCUUUAUUUACCCCUUUCUGACUUAAUGCAAGAUAUACCUUCAUAUACAUAGUUUGUGAUGUGGGAGCUAUUGUAGACCUAAGAUAAUAGCAUCAGGUAAUAGAUCUUUAUAUACCCCUUUCUGACUUAAUGCAAGAUAUACCUUCAUAUACAUAGUUUGUGAUGUGGGAGCUAUUGUAGACCUAAGAUAAUAGCAUCAGGUAAUAGAUCUUUAUGUAACCCUUCUUAUGUCAAGGUAAGAUUAUCAUUGCAUAAAUGUAGCUUGACGUGUACAUGUAUUUCAGUCAUUGUGUACCCUACGUGCACAAAGGGUGUGCACACAAAAAUAAUUACCAUUUUAUUCCUGAAUUUCCCAGGCCCUAUUAAUCGAUUUAUAUUUAUUCCUGGUGCGUGGGAAGGCCUCCCACUCGUGCUUUGAAAACAUGGGAAGCUUAGGAGAGCGAGGGAAGAUUAGGAAAGGGGUGAAACAGAGGUAAAAAUUGAAAAAUAGAUGGAUGUUGGAGGGUGUUUGUCUGUUCUGGUUGCAUACGCAUCCGCAAAUACAUGGAGCUGAAGACAUGUGAUUAUAAUCAUACAAGGACAAAGAUGGUUUCUGGGAGGAAGAUGUGGGGCCUGAGAAAAAGUGCAUAGAUUGCUGGAUGCGAUGACCGGGGUAAUGAUAAUUAUGUAAAGCGCUAAGAAACAAAAUAUAAUAAGUUCUAUAUAAUUGUAAGUAUUGUAAUUGAAGUAUUUUUUUUAUCAAAUAAGUGCAAAGUUUAUUCUUAAGUUACAUGUAGAUUUAGGGGUAUACAUGUAGGAUACAUGGAACUCACCCCCCCCCCCCCCCCCCCUGUGUUAAGAUUAAGACAAAUAUGGAAUAUCUCAUAAAACAAGAAGUCAUGCUUAAAUGAAAUUCACCAACAGAUCAUUUAAACAAAUUCAAUUCAAAUCAAUUCAAUCUUUAUUUUUCAAAUAGGAUAAAAAUACAAAAAAAAAAUCAAAUAAUUUGAUUAGAUAAUAAAAUAAACUGCGUGGCUAUCCCUGAUGGUUAUAAGAAACCUGUAAGGCUGGAUCGCCAAAACAUAGUGAAAACACAACAAUGUUAAUGAAAAAACAGAAUGUCAUAUCAUAGUAAAUUCAUUCCAUGGUACUUAGUAGGAAAACAAUUACCUUUCCCUCAUUGUUUUAGAUUCCCUGCAUAAUGAAAAUUAUUUUUAAAUCAUUACUUCUAGAUGGGUAUAACCCAUAGAGCCCCAAAAAUUUCCAAUUAAAUUAUCCUGAAAGAUUGUAUUCCAUAAAAAAUAAAUCUUUUAUUUGCUUUUGGUCAUCUAAAACUAAGCAUUGUCUCAUGAAUGAAAUAAGAUGGCAAAUUAAUUAAUGUGAUGCCAUGUUGAUUAUCUGAUUACUUGAAUGUGUGAUCACAAAACUGAAAUACGAUGUAUUAGAGAAAACUCUUUAUUGAAUGAUUUUGAUGAUCUUUCCUGUUUUUUGCGGGUUUGGGGAUGAAAUCGAGAGAAGAUCCUUAUACCGUUAAUCCUUGAGAAGUGUUACUGUUCAAUAUUUACAUCAAAGUUUGUGAGAAAACUCACAAACUACAUGUAUUUAUCUCCUUUCCCUAGUCUCUUUCUUCUGCUUGAGUGUUUUGUCACUUGAAAAAAAAUUUAGUGUCUCAAAAUCUAAGAAAAUUAAGAGGGCAGUUCAGAAAAAGCUUGAUUUUACAGAUCUUUAGAAUAGGAGACCGUUUUUAGAUAAGAAGAUAUAUUGUCAUAUGUGUAUUUCUAAUCUGCAGCUAUUUCUGUGCUGCCCUCAACAUUGUUAAAUUUUAAGUUGACAAGGUUUUAACACACCCCAGCAAGGAUUUGUUGGACUGCCACCAGAGUAGCAUUGAGCCCUCUAUGGCGGCCCUUUAUAGACCUUCACUGAAAUGAUAUUAUAAGUGAGUCAACCUCUCAAAAGUCCCCUCCAGGGAAGGGCAUAUGCUUUUCUCAUUUAUAUGGAAAUGAAAUUAAAUCGUAGAUCAAAAAUCUCAUUUGGUCAACAAAAGAAAAAAAAAACAGAAAGGACUUUGCAGCAGGAAAUCAGGUGUGGUUAGAUGUAAAAAAAAACCUCAAAAUGAAAUUGUAUCCUUAUUUGUUGUAAAAGUACUCUAUACAUAGUCUAUGAUUUUACUCGUGAUAUGCCAGCAAUAUCUCCGCUCUUUGUGUUUUUUUGUUGUUUAGUUUGUGGUGCUUAAUGGCAACAGUGGAAUGAUGGGAAUCAGUUAACAUUGAUUUUUACAAUUUUUUUUUUGAGGGGGGUCCUGUAUGGGGGUUGUGUAUCAUUCUAGUGGUGCCGUCUUCUGCCUUUGCGGCUUGCUUUUGGCCAAUCAGAUGCAAAAAUUUCAGUAGCUUUUAACAGUUUUCACUGACUUUUCACCCCCCAAAAUGUGCUCUUGGUCAGUCUGAGGUAGAGAAUUUCAGUAGCUUAGAACAGCUGUCAUUGACUGUCAAUGGUGAAUGAACUCUCAGUCGAUCAAAUGCAAGUAAUUGUCAUUUAUUUUUAACUAAUAAUUUGCUCUCGAUUGCGAGCAUUUCAGUAGCUUAUAACAAUUGUCAGUGAGUUUAGCUGAUAGAUUUG